AUGGAGAGCCCGGGCGGUGGCGCCGAGGCGCGCGCGCGCUCGAGGCAGUACGACUACGGCGCCAACUCCAACCUCGUCGUCAACACCGGCUCGCGGCCCCGCUGCGCGCACCACGAGCCCACCGGCGAGCCCCAGACGCUCAGCGGCAGGAUCCGCGCGAGGAGCUUCGGCGACCGCGCCGUCCGGGCCAAGCCUCCCGGGCUAGAGGAGAAGCGAGGCAGGUCCCGCGGGAAGACGGCGCGCGAUGCGGCCUCCGCCGACCUCCCCCACCGCGACGCCAAGCGCAUGCGCCGCGGCUCCGUGCGGCACGAGGACAGCGUGCUCUCGCUCGCCCACGACGCCCUCUACAAGCCCCGGACCAGGGCGACGCGCACCGCCUACGAGGCGCUGCUCAGCGUCAUCCAGCAGCAGCUCGGCGGGCAGCCCCUCGACGUGCUUGGUGAUGCCGCGGAUGAGGUGCUUGCCGUCCUCAAGGACGACAGGACCAGGAACCCUGACAAGAAGAAGGUCAUCGAGAAGCUCAUCAACCCUGUCUCGGGUCAGAUGUUCCACCAGCUCGUCUCCAUUGGGAAGCUCAUCACGGAUUUCCAUGACGCCGUCAAUUCUGCCGGUGUGCCUUCUGUUGAUGGCACAGACAUGCCACUCGAUGAUGAUAUUGGCAUUACUGUUGAGUUCGAAGAGGAUGAGGAUGAGGAGAGUAACCUUUAUCAGGGUCCGACUUUAGACGUGCAAGACAUUGAUGCUUACUGGCUUCAGAGGAAGAUAUCACAAGCAUAUGAAGAUAUUGACCCCCAGCGCAGCCAGAAGCUUGCCGAGGAGAUCUUGAAGGUGAUCGCUGAGGGUGACGACAGAGAUGUUGAGAAUCGGCUUGUCACGCUGCUGGACUACGAGAAUUUUGAAGAGAUGAUGAGUAACCCAAGAUUAGCUCCAAUUUUGGAGCAGCUACAUGCAACGAGAGCAUCUGCAAAGGAGAGGCAGAAGAAUCUGGAGAGAAGUAUCAGGGAUGAGGCUAAGAGGCUCCUAAACAAUGACAGCGCUGGGACUGAUGGUGCGAGGGAUAGUAAGACAGUUGAUAUCAAAAGUGGAUGGUUUAAAGGCCAGAGGCAGCUGCUUGAUCUUGAUAACCUUUCUUUCCACCAAGGUAGUCUCUUGAUGUCCAACAAAAAAUGUGAACUUCCUCCAGGAUCAUUUAGAACCCCUCAGAGGGGUUACGAGGAAGUCCAUGUGCCAGCCUUGCCACCUAUGCCAUAUGAAUCUUCAGAGAAGAUUGUGAAGAUAUCUGAUAUGCCAGAGUGGGCCCGACCAGCUUUUGCUGGGAUGACUCAACUUAAUAGAGUGCAGAGCAAGGUUUAUGAUACUGCCCUUUACAAACCAGAUAACAUCCUUCUCUGUGCUCCAACGGGUGCUGGGAAAACCAAUGUGGCUGUGCUUACAAUUCUUCAGCAAAUUGGUUUGCAUAUGAAGGAUGGUGAAUUUGAUAAUACAAAGUACAAAAUUGUCUAUGUGGCCCCAAUGAAAGCUUUGGUUGCUGAAGUUGUUGGAAAUUUGUCAGCGCGGCUGAAAGAGUACAAUGUCACUGUUAGCGAGCUUAGUGGAGAUCAGAACCUGACCAAACAACAGAUUGAUGAGACACAGAUAAUUGUCACUACACCUGAGAAAUGGGAUAUUGUCACAAGGAAAUCAGGUGAUAGAAUCUAUACUCAAAUGGUAAAGCUUCUAAUCAUUGAUGAGAUCCAUCUACUCCAUGAUAACAGAGGGCCUGUUCUGGAGAGUAUUGUUUCUAGAACAGUACGGCAGAUUGAAACGACCAAGGAACAUAUCCGCCUAGUUGGCCUCUCUGCAACUCUCCCAAAUUAUGAAGAUAUUGCGGUAUUCUUGCGUGUUCGUUCGGACGGUCUCUUCCAUUUUGAUAACAGUUACCGACCUUGCCCUCUAGCUCAACAGUACAUCGGGAUCACAGCGAAGAAGCCACUGCAGAGGUUUCAGUUGAUGAAUGAGAUUUGUUAUGAGAAGGUUAUGGCUGCUGCUGGUAAGCACCAAGUGCUUAUAUUUGUGCACUCGAGGAAGGAGACAGCGCAAACUGCUCGUGCCAUCAGAGACACUGCAUUGGCUAAUGAUGUGUUGCCUCGCUUUCUGAAGGAUGACAGUGCAAGUCAAGAGAUCCUUUGUGCUCAUGCAGAACUUGUCAAAAGUAGUGACCUUAAAGACCUUUUGCCAUAUGGGUUUGCUAUUCAUCAUGCUGGCGUCCUUAUUUCGACAGCCACUCUCGCAUGGGGUGUCAAUCUACCUGCACACACUGUUAUUAUAAAGGGUACCCAAAUUUACAAUUCAGAAAAGGGCGCUUGGACAGAACUAAGUCCACUGGAUGCCAUGCAGAUGCUUGGUCGUGCAGGCAGGCCUCAGUAUGACACACAUGGAGAGGGUAUAAUCUUAACAAGCCACAGUGAAUUGCAAUACUACCCGUCUCUUAUGAAUCAACAGCUUCCUAUUGAGAGUCAGUUUAUAUCCAAACUGGCCGAUCAGUUAAAUGCAGAGAUUGUUUUGGGAACUGUUCAGAAUGCCCAGGAGGCAUGCUCGUGGCUUGGCUACACUUACCUCUACAUCCGGAUGCUCCGGAAUCCAACAUUGUAUGGUACACUCAGCUGCAAAUCUGUUGGAUAG